AUGGACAGCUGGACUCUACAGGGGGACAGCUACUCCUUCCUGCGCAGUGCACCCCAUCGUAACUUUUCCCUGUGUCAUCGUGACGGCACCCCAAACCACAUUGAAAUCUUUGACAUCAUAAACGUCCCUCAGCGCAGUGCCAUUUCUGAGACAACCUGCCUUUGUGACAUAUUUGGAGACGACUGUGAGUCACCCUCCCUCUCAAGCAGCCCUGCUGCAGGAGCUUUUAUCAUUUCCCAAAGGGAGGUGUACGGGACAGCUGCUGCAUCACCUCUGGUGGAUGAUCUGAACGACUCAGGCUCCUACCACACUGCACCGGGCUCUAGUGAAGGAGAGGAGGGCUUUGAAGAUUCAAGAGAAAGGUUUUACAGCCCCCUGUUGCAGAGCGAGUCUUCAGAGAGUAGGCAGUUCGAGGGCGAAAAAAUAAGCACAGGACAGUCAGACGUUUCUGAGAAGAGUGGCCCAAAUUUAGAAACAAAAAGUGAAUCACGGGCACCUCAGCUUAGUACAGAUUGCCCAUUACCUGAAGUCCUAAACUGUGGUGAGAGGACCCCCUCUUCUGGACAAAACAGCCCCUAUACCCACAGUACAGAAGGCAGAGCAUCAUCCUUGUCUUCUUCCCCAGUUGAAAAAAGAUGUUCACCAUCCUCUCCUAGUGCUAGAGAAUCUGAAUUAAGGACAACCACUCCAACUGUCAAAGAUAGACAUAACAGUCCCUCCUCUGAACCUCUGAACCGUGUCAGAUCUUCCCACUCUGAAUCAGUGAACACACACAACAAGUUACCUGAGUUGAGGGCAGCAGGCUCUCCAGAGUCAAGGCAUAUCUACUUUAGUCAACACAGCAGUCCCUCACCUGAGCCCACAUCCAAAGAUUUUUCUCUAAAUUUUACAGAAUCUGCUUUUGAAACUCGACCUGGCCUUUCAUCUCCUUUACAUUCAUCCAGUAGUAGAGAGUUAUUAUCCCAGUCAGGAGAAACACUGGCCUCUCCUGAGCUGAAUAAUAGACCCUACUCCCCUGAGACUCAAACAUCAUCACCUUUUUCUGAGCUAAGAGGGAGGGUAUCCCUGCCUGAUCUCCUCAGCAGAGGCUCCACACCCGAUAUUGAAGACUCUCCCUUCACCCCUGAGCUGAUCUCAGAUCCCUCUCCUCCAGAAAAAGACACUGUGACUACUCCUGAGAGCCAAGAUCCAAAGUUGUCUGCUGAAACUGUAAGUACUGUGUCUACACCUGGCCAACAAUACACAUCGCCAUCACCUGUCAUUUCAAUAUCAACAUCUUCUGAAAUUGAUGAGAGCAGUGUCUCAACUGAAUCAAGACACACAGCUCCGUCUCCUGGACAGCUCAGUGUAACUUCUUCAGGGACAAGAUCUCCAUCUCCCUGUCUCUCACAUAAAAUAGGACGAAUUUCACCAUAUUCUGAAAGCAGUACCCAGGUGUCUUCACCUGUGGUAAGUCACAGUUUAUCUCCAUCACCAGAAGUUAAAAGCAACAACUCUCCCAUUGAGCACAGACACACUGGUGCUCCUUCACCUGAAAUCAGGAUUACAGCAUCCUCACCUGAGGUCAGUAGGAGAGAGUGGUCUUCUGAGGUGGAGACAACAUCAACAUCUCCUUUCCUAGAGCUUCACCCUGACUCUGCUUCACCAAAGAGCCGCACUUCGUCUCCUCAUAUAACAGGGAUUUCUUAUUCUGUUGUUCAGCCUGAGGACAGGGACACUUCCUCGUUUGCUGAACUCUUUGGCCUCUCCACCCCUGAGCCUGAUAGGACACUUGUGUCCCCUGAAACAAAGAGCCCUACCCCAAGCACAGGCAGUAUUCAGAGCAGUAAAGCAGAGUCCACUGGUACACCAAGAGGCUCCCCUCACAUAUUUGGCUUCACAAGCUCUGUUCUUCAGACUGAAAAAACUUUGUCGAACCAACCCAGGUAUCAAACACCUUCCCCUCAGCUAAAACAUCACAAUCCCUCUCCUGAGCCAAGAUAUCCUACUGCUUCAUCGGACAAGUCUCAAAGUCCCUCAUCUCAGCAUAGAAGUAGAGAUCCAUCACCUGUUGCUCUAUCUCCUGAGCAUUCACCAGCAACCCUCUCCACUGGGUGCAGUCCUCACUACACACAACCUACUCCUCCUCUAAGAAAUACACCUGAGGUUGAGGAGGAUACCACAUCGGUUGAUAUUAUAACUCAAUAUCCCACACAUUUAGAAAACAAAAGUGUGUCACCCUUAUUUGAACUAGAUAGGAGAGACAUAUCAGUUGUAGCUGAAAUCAAAAGCAGUUUGGCAGUUGUGGCAGUUCAGUCACCUUUAUCCCCUUCAUCUUUCUUAGCUGAGGAAAAGGUAGAUAGUUCACUGAAAAAACAAAACACUGAGAGAGAGGCAACACCAAAGGAAGAUAACCUUCAGGAACAUUUGAGUUUAUCUUCUUUUCCUGAGGAAAAACAAACCAUUAGCCCCAUCUUUGUCCAGAAAGAAGACACUUUUAAUAAUCUCCCUAUAGAAAUCAAGUGUCCCUCCUCUAAUCUUCUAGUCUCUAAGGUUGAGAGUCCAAUUAUUCAACUUGUGCACAGGGCUUCAUCUAACUCACCUGUACAGAGACUGGAAAACUCACAGCCUCAAUUCAAUACUUAUUCCCCAACUUCUGAGAGCUGCUGCUCAUUAAAAUCAUCUUGUACACCUGAGCCUGCGAGAAGACGGCUUUCAGCAAAAGUUGGACGUGAAAACAGAGAGAGGAUAACAGAGGACAUGGCCCACCAUGUAAACAGAAGGCGGACUCCCUCUCCGCCAAUCACCAGGUUUACACCUGUCCAUAUUAUAGCCCCUGAGAAACCAUACAGGCAGUGGCAGAACAGAAGCCGUAGCCCCUCUCAGGCUGUAGCAUCCUCCCCAAGUGGUAAUUUAAAGAAAGCGGUGACAAAUAGGGAAAGCCCCAAUACUGCCCAUGUAGACAAUAAUAGCCGGGCUCACUGGGUCAGGCAAGGAAGGCAAUUGGAGAUGGAGAGGGAGAGGGAAAUGCAGCUGGAGGAUGAUAGGGAGUUAGAAAAGGAGAGGCAAAUGGACAGGGAGAUGGAAAGAGAGAGGAAAAAGAGGGAGGAGCUGGUUCCUGAAAAGGGGAAGGGUUGGCCGGGGGACGCCAGUUACAGAGGGGAACAGGUUGAGCUGUCAUUCAAUGCCAGGAAUAGAAAAGGGCCUGCGAGUCGCAACGCAGCUCCCACAAGCAGAGAGGCUCGUCAGGGACUGCCAACAGUGCAUUCCUAUUCAGAGAGCUUGCUUUCCACCAGACAGCUACAGCAACAACAGAGUCUGCUCAGACUUGCUUCCCAACAAGACACCAGGGGUGGUGGUGCCAGCAGACGGCUUCAACCUUCAGCACCACACAACAAGAACACUGCCCCUGGGCGCAGGGCUGCAAACAGGCCCGGACGGAGUUCCAGCUCCAGCAUGGGAAGUGAGCUUGAUGAGGCAGACGAUGAGGUGAAGUGGUUUUCAGACUUGGCUUUCAGCAGCCUGUCAAGCUCUGAGGUGGAUUACCUUGACAUGUACAACUCUAGCCACCGUUCAUCCACCAACAUUUCUCAACCAUCCACACAGGAGAGCCCAGCUGGGGUCAAUUCCUCCUGGCCGGCUUAUGCUGACUUUAGGGGUUCUGCUCCCAAGCUGGACAAUGAAGAACUCUUUCACCAACAACCAUCUGCAUACUACACAGAGGGCCUCAAUCAAUCAAGGCACUCUGAGUUGGGCAGCUAUGAGUGCGUAGACGUGGCUGUGGAAAGAGAGGACUCCAGAAGGGUGAGAAGGGGAGUGCCAAAGAGACAGAUCCAGCUGAAGAAAAAGAAUAAUGCCGAAGGGAAGCAGGAUGAGAGCAGUGAAAAUAGCAGUCCUGUUUUACCAGCCAUGUUGGAAAGCCUCUCUCUAGAGAGUCACUCCAGAGAGACAUUCAUUCGACAACACAGUACACCAGCAGCAAUGCAAGAAUGCUACCCUUCUGAGCCAAGCCCUGAGCCCAUUCAACAAAAUGACAGAAGAUCCAAACUCAAGAAAUCUGCUUCUCUGGAUGAAACAUGCACCAAAACCAAGAUGGCCACUUGUCUUAUCAAAAGUGUGUUGUCCAAGAAGAUGCAGAUUGUUGAGAGAAAUUCUAAUGAGCAGGCGGGAGAAGAAGAAAGCCCUGCUUUUGAGGAAAACAAUGAACCAAAACCUAAGUUGAGUUCCAGUCUUCAGUCAGAGUAUAUAUCUGAGGGUCCUCCUGUAAGAAGAGAACCAAACACAGAGGAUGAAGCUAAACCAACAAAAAGCUUUGGAGUUAGAUCAAGUAAUAGGCCAAGUUCAUCCAGCAGCAGUCGAAGUGUUAACUUUUCACAGUCUGAGAGUGAAGAUGGUGAUUCUCAAAGCAGGAAUCCAACCUCACUGAAAUCUGAAAUAAGAUCAGAAUUGAAAGUGCCAUUUGAAAGUAAACAGUCAAGUACUGGAUUAAAACGAGCAGAUGAAAGUAUAACAUGGGACGGAACGUCGGAUGGUGAUUUAGCAAAUGCCACCGCCUGUAAAACAGUAGCUCAUUCUGCCACUGGAGCCAGCAGCACGCAGGCCAGGGUGACAAACAGAGACCAGGAAUGUGUAAACAAAGAGGACCAUAAACAACUUCAACAGGCUGGCAAAGGCUCCUACAUGUCACAAACACAGGAGAUUACACUCAAAGCCGUGGAAAAAAAGAAAACCUCCCUAAAUGUCUGUCUCACACCUGAGGCAGAAAUCAAACCUUGGGCUUCUUCCCCAGAUAUAAAAGAGGGUAGUCUGGACACUAUAGUAGAUGACAAAUCAGAAGAAGAAGAAGAAGAUGAAAAUGAUGUUAAUAAAGUUAAGGUCCCCAUUCACAAAGUUAGAGAUGUGAGGCGGCUUGUAAAAAAUACAUAUAACCUUUCCUUCAAGGCAACUAGUGCUGUAUUGCCAUCAAAUGGGGAUGAGGAAAGGAUGGACAUUUUAAAAGAGGAAAGGAAGGAAAAAAUUAAAGAGGAAAGGAGGGAAGAGAUCAUUGCACAGAGGGAGAGAGAGGCAAGACGAGAGAUAAAAAUGGGGGAGAGGACGAAGGAACAGAAAGAGGGCGCAAAAGACCUAAAGCUGCCAACCUUAUCUCCACCUCUUCAGAGGAAAGGAAGUCCUCUUUCUCGUCCACAGCCAAUGCAAAUAGAAUACAAAGCUGUUUGCUGGAAAGAAGGCAAACAUAAAAAACCAUGUAGCAAGGAAGACUCAGAGAAUCAAUGCGACAAACCAGAGGCUUCUCCAAAGCUCACCACAAAGGUAAGCAGACAAUCCCCUUUGAAUGUAAACACAAAAAUGUACACCUCAGAAAAUAAAAUAAUUGCAAAGCCAUGUCAACAUGUUCCAAACAUGGCAGAAGAAACAAAAGAGACUAUGACACAAAUGCAUAAAGUGCCAGGCGAUGAUAACAAACCUGCGAUGGUUAGAACAGACAGGAAACCUCCCAUGCUCGGGAGCCUCCCCAAAAUGCCCAGUAAGGAGAGAGAGGUUUCCACUGCUGUUGUAUUAAUAAGGGAUGGGUUCAGCACAACCAAAACACCUGCAUCUCAAGCUGGGGCUGAGAAGCCCACGCCACUCCAAGCCCAAGCUGCUUCACUUUCACCUGGGCUCACUAGCACAGGUAGUAGUGGACACUCAGUUUCCAUGUUAUUAAAGGAAAAAGGCUUCCACGCUGACAUUGGAGCAGUGGAGGGUGACAACCAGAAUGCACCUGGAGAUAAAUGUGUUCCCCAUAAGCAUGUGAACUGCCUAGAGAUCCCUCUUCAGACCACCACUCCUACAGAUGGUGGUCGGAUCGAGUCUCAUAGAGAGAGGACGUUUUCCUCCUCAUCAACCACAUCUGGGCCCUCAGUAGAAUCUGACAACACAGACACUUUUACAAGAACCAGAGGAAAUGACAUGAUAAGCAGUAAGCCUACCGUGAAAGACACUGAAAUACAAAAAAAUGCUCCUUCAUUGAGGAAUAAGCAGGAGCAAACAUCUACCGCCAAAGCGAAGGAACAUGGAGAUUUUGAAGCAGUAAAAAGACAAGAUCCAACUUUCCCCCCAAGGUCACCUGCAGUUAGAAGAUUUAGACCACAACCAAUUGAGGUUACGUCACUGUCUAAAGAAACACAGAAACAAGAGACGCCCACAAACUCUACAGGAAACAGCAGGCCUCAAGCCAUUGAAGUUAAAUCUAUAGCUAAAAAUUCUCAAAAGCCAGUGGUGCCUCCAAAACCAAGCUGCAAGUUUAUACCUGCAGAUUUAGGAGCAAUGCCAAAUCAAGCACAGAGACCAUCAGGAACAACAUCUACUGUCAAACCACAUGGAGAGGAGAGGCCUCAAACAAUUGUCGUGUCCUCACCAACAAUCUAUAGAAAGAUAUCCAAUGACUCCACAUCAACAUCAAACUAUUCGAGAAAACUUGCUGUGUCUGCAGUUUCCAGCCUCAAACCUCCACCUUGCAAAGCAACAGCAACCACCAUCUCAAAUCCCUCAAACCCCUCAACAGCCCCAUCAGAGACAGAGGCAUCCAAAGACAAAGGUCAGCAGCAAAAGCCAGGGGCGUUGCCUCAGAACUCCAGAUAUACGCAAAGACCCACAACAUUUGCUACAGCUCCAAUAUCAGCCACAGGGCCAGUUUUAACCUCAGGUCCAGGUCUAGUGUCUGACCCACAAGUUAACCCUGUCCCUGUCCGUGACUCAGCUGGAGCCAACCAGCCAACACAGCCAGCUGUUAUGGAUCCAGAAAGCCAACCCCAGUAUUCCCGGGCAGCAUACUCUAAUGAACAAUCUAUGCCAGUCACUUCAAACAAUACAAGACAUCCCUCAGCUGGUUCAACACAAGUGCCAGGAUACAUGCACCAGCCUUACCGCAGAUCGCUUUCCAGAGAGCGCUCUCAAUGGACAGAUGACCUGCGUUUUUACGCCUCCGAUGACCCGCCAAGCUAUGAUGAAAGAGAGAGCUUCAGUCCCCUAAUGCUCCCAGAUCUGACAGCUAAGAGGUCUAAUCGCUAUCAACCCGCCUCCCGCCCUCCUCCCUGCUCCUGCACAGCUGGCUGCCCUUCCCACCCUGGUCUCACCUCUUCUCACCAUCACCACAGCCCCCAUAACCACACUCCUCCAGCUGCUCCACACUCUCCAGGCCAGGCACUACCUUACCAAGUGGCUCAGCCCCCGCUUCGUCCCCAUCAGUGCAGACCUGACCCUCAGCAGAUGAGCUACCAGCGUGGCUCUCCUAAAUCAAGUCCACUUGGUCCAAGCCAGCCCCAGACCAUGUACCAGCCUCUCCAUCAGCCCGCUCCUUGCCCACCCCAUCCAUCACUUAUGCAGACCUGCCCUGCUGUGCCCACCCAGCAUAUUGACCCUCGAAGACCCCCUGUUCACAGAUCCCCUCAGCAACAGCCGCCUGGCAUGGCUGGGGCACCUUACAGUGAUCCUGGCCACAACCACUCUCCCGGCCUUCCUCCAAUGGAUCCCCAGUACCUGUGUGGCCCGCAAAGUCUGGGGCCUUCCUAUGGCUCUGAAUAUGGGGGCGACAGCUCCAGUUUAUACUCAGAGAGUAACUAUGGACAGACACCUCGCAGAGUGCUUUUAGAUCCUGAGACAGGGAAGUAUUUUUACAUUGAAGUGCCUGUACAGCCGCUAAGGAAAAUGUUGUUUGACCCUGAGACUGGCCAAUAUGUGGAAGUGCUCAUCCCGCAGCAAGCAAUGUCCCAUUCAGGCUUGUAUCCUCCUUCAGCAGCCCCCUACACAUCUCUCCACAACCCCAACAUGUAUGCUCCUGCUCCGCAGUACAUGCCCUAUGCAGCUCCUCCUCCCCAAGCCCACCCCCAGGCACAGCCUCAGCCUCCUCGAUAUCCUGAAGCUGCAUCAACAAUGCACCCGGGGGGGCCUGGGGUCAGCUACAGAAAUCCCUCCGGCCAGGGGCCCAAGCCAGAACCCCAAAACCAUCCACCACUAGACCAGAGCUACCUGGAGAGUAUGUAUUAUGUCCCCACAGGGAUGAAUGCAAGUCCCAAUCCCACCCCACCAGACUAUUACCACAAACACCCCCCCAACCUACCCCCAACAGGGGGGAAAAGGUCCUGAAAUAGAGGACAGAGGCCGCCUUCCUGGAGCCUGUUGGUUUUAAAUACACAGUAUAUAAAGGGGGUGUCUAAUGUUAGCCUGUAAUGUUAUUUGAGUUUUCACAUUGCAACUGAAGAUAUUCAUUCUUUGGUUGUUGUGUAUUUGCUGCUGCUUGUUCUGUGCUAGGCUGUUUUAAUAGCGCACGAUAUAUCAUUCUUGAGUUUAAGGUUUUGAAAACAAGAAAGUUAGCCUUUUCUAUGAGGUGUUCUCAAAAUUAUUCCCUAAAUUUAAAAUGAUCUUUACACUUUUUGUCACUUUUGAUACAUAACAUCACUGGUAAUGCACAGAGGCACUACACAUUAUUUUGUUAACUGAUUUACCGAUAUGUCAUCUUUAACACAAACAUCUCAACAAAACUUGAAAAAACUGUUUUAAAAGAACCUCAUAUUUAUGUUGUAAUUGUGUUUUUUGGAUGAUUGAGUUUGUGCACCUGAUGUCUGCAAUGAAAAUGCCAAUAAAC